AUGUCUCCUUUCCCUCUUCUCCUUCUGCCGAGCAAGGAGCUAUCUAAAGUGCUACGCCACAUGGAUCCUAUUUCACAACUAGGAUUCUCACUGCUCUCUGAGAAAUCAAAAAACCGAAUUUCCUUGCUCUGAUAUUAGUCUUGGAAGUGCGCAAACGCGGGCCGGAUAUAUACAUUUACUAUUCGGAAGACAUAUUACCAGGUUGAGCUUCCGGCGAGAAAUGUCACUUAGACAAUGGAUUGAUCAUUUUAUGGAACUCACAACAGCUAAGCAUAUAUACGAGUUAAUUCUUUCAAGCAUUGAGAAGAUCCACAAGUAUGAUUUGAAAGGUUUUUAUAGAAGUCUAACAGGAUUGCCCAUCAGAAAUUGCUUCUACGAUAGACCAAAUAUUGGAUUCUCCGGCACACUACCAAUUGUGGAUCAAUUAACAUUUCUCGGAUGUACAAAACCGUUAAAAUCUGGCAUUCAUGAAAUCAUUGUUCAAAAUCACAUUAGAUUCACAUAUUUUAUUGAGAGAGUGGCAAGUUUUGAGUUGAACCACAUGUUGGCUUCGAAUGCGUCAUUUUUACAAAGUGCGAGUAAUAACUUACCGGAUGCUCAACUCAAUUUGUUUCUCAAACAUUGGAUAGCCGGAUCGAACCAUAGAUUUAAUGGUUUUUCGCUGACAAAAUCUCGAGGAAGCUACAGUAAAGAUGUCGUUCUCAAAGGAAUCAAUUAUUGGGUAGCGGAAGAAAGAGAAGUUCCAAAUGCUCUGAUCGGAACGUCUUUUCUUCCACUGUCCAGAAAAGGCGUGGUUACAAAAUUCGACAUCACUAGCAGUUACGAAGUACAUCAACAAUUUAUUUUGGCAAAGGCGGGUGGUUGA